CCCUUCUCUCUUGUCCAUCUCCUUCCAUGGAAACUCAAAAUGGUUCUCCAUGGUAUAGUUUUCAUUAGCAAGAAGAAGUUUUGAGGGUGGAAGAGUAUGGUGUUUUUACCUCAGUGUAGAUUCUUGAGGGUUAACUCGAGAGCAACUAUUUUCACGGGCUCCAUGAGUUUUCUUCUGGCCAAGAGUUUGGUCACUCCCGCUGGGAACUCGCACGUUCAUGCGCUCCAUUCUUGUUCUGGGUCUUCUUCGCAGCUUUAUUUUUUUCGUUUUCAUGGUAAGAAGAAUUCCGUCCGUGUUACUACUCCACACCUCUUUUCUUCAGUUUGCCGAAAUGCUUCUGGCUAUUGUUACAUACCUCAUGCGGCGAUGCCCAUUCCUAGACCGAUUCCUGAUAUUGAUUCUAAGACACUGGAAUCGAAAGUUGUGGAUGAAAAGCAAAUGAAGCUGAAGCAUGAGCUGCAGCUCCUUGGACUUGAUGUCUGUAUACCUGGCCAGCACAAACUGAUUUGUCCGAAGUGUGAAGGUGGAUCUACGAGCGAAAAGUCCUUAGCUCUUCAUAUUUCAGAGGAUAGGUCGUCAGCUGUGUGGUUAUGUCAUCGGGCUACAUGUGGCUGGAAGGGUGGUACUGAUACCUUUGGAAAUGGAAAAUCAAGUUAUCCGAGGAUGGAUAAACUGCCGAAAGUGAACAAACCACCUCGUGAAAUCACAGAGGAUAGUCUAGAACUUGAAUCGUUGAGUGAUCCGGUGAUUUCUUAUUUUGGGAAUAAGCACAUGAUAUCAAGGGAAACACUACGGAGAAAUAAUGUAAAGCAGAAAAGAUUUGGGGAUCAGUUAGCUAUUGCAUUCACUUAUUGGAGGGAUGGAAUUCUUGUAAGCUGCAAGUAUCGUGAUCUCAACAGAACUUUUAGGGAGGUCAAUACUGAAAGUAUAUUUUAUGGAUUGGAUGACAUAAAGGAUGCAAGUGAUAUUAUCAUUGUUGAGGAUGAAAUCCACAAGUUUUCAGUGGAAGAAGCUGGCUUCAGAAACUGUGUUGCUGUACCUGAUCUGGCUCCUCAAAAGGUCACAAAUGAGAAGUUGCCCUCUGAAGCAGAGGAUACAAAUUAUAAAUAUCUAUGGAACUGCAAAGAUUAUACCGCAAAGGCAUCUCGCAUCAUUCUUGCCACUAAUGGUGAUCAGCGUGGUCAAGCUUUGGCUGAAGAACUUGCCCGGCGCCUGGGAAGAGAAAGGUGCUGGAGAGUCAAAUGGCCAAAAAAGAACAGCAAUGAAAAUUUCAAUGAUGCAAAUGAGGUGCUUAAGUUUAUGGGUGCUGAUGCACUAAAAGAAGCCAUUGAGAAAGCUGAGCUUUAUCCGAUUAGAGGUUUGUUCAACUUCAGUGAUUACUUCGAUGAGAUUGAUGCCUACUAUCAUCAAUCGCUUGGUAUUGAGCUUGGUGUUUCAACUGGAUGGAAGGGUCUCGAUGAACUGUAUAAUAUUGUGCCAGGUGAAUUAACAGUGGUCACUGGAGUUCCAAAUUCUGGCAAGAGUGAGUGGAUUGAUGCUCUUUUAUGCAAUCUCAACCAUAGUGUUGAUUGGAAGUUUGCACUUUGCUCUAUGGAAAAUAAGGUCCGAGAGCAUGCAAGGAAACUAUUGGAGAAACAUAUUAGGAAGCCUUUCUUUGAUGUCAGGUAUGGGGAUUCUACUGAGCGAAUGAGCGUUGAGGAGUUGGAGCAAGGAAAGAUGUGGCUCAGUGAUUCAUUUUCUCUAAUAAGGUGUGAGAAUGACUGCCUUCCAAGUAUAAAUUGGGUUCUUGGUCUUGCAAGGAUAGCAGUACUGCGCCAUGGGGUUCGUGGGCUUGUAAUUGAUCCAUACAAUGAACUUGAUCAUCAACGUCCUCCUGGCCAGACUGAAACAGAAUAUGUGAGUCAAAUGCUGACAAAAAUUAAACGAUUUGCUCAGCAUCAUUCAUGCCAUGUUUGGUUUGUAGCUCAUCCAAGGCAGUUGCAUAAUUGGGUUGGAGAUGCUCCAAAUCUGUACGACAUCAGUGGGAGUGCUCACUUCAUAAACAAAUGUGAUAAUGGGAUCGUUAUCCACCGCAACAGGGACCCUGAAAUUGGACCUCUCGAUUUGGUUCAGGUUUGUGUGCGGAAAGUACGUAACAAAGUGGCAGGAACAAUAGGGGAAGCCUUUUUGUCAUACAACAGGGUCACCGGUGAGUACAAGGAUAUUGAUUAUGCACCUUCCAAGUAUAAUAAUAAACCACGGCUGAAUCAACACGCUGAGCAAACCACCAUGAGUUAUUCGAAGAUGGUGUGAAAUUUUAAUCGUGUGUCUCGAUUAAAAUAUCAAGAAUUCAAUAAAUAUUGGUGCCGCAAAGUGGAGAAAUACAAGGCAAAAUUGUUGGAAAAGAAAAUAAACAAUGUGAAUCUUCAAUGGGA